UACUGCACUGUCUGGCUCUGUGCUCGCAUGCGCGCUGCCAGGUUGGGCCCCACACAUCCUUGGCGACAAGUCGCGCUCUGAUUGCCUCAUGCCGGCAAUCAGAUUUCUGAAGCGUCUCUCCUGUUUUUCAGCCUUCUAGUACAGUACCGUCGAGAAGGGAAUGUGGGCCCAGUGUUGCAUUCAGAACGAUUCAUUAGCGGAUGCCCCUUAGGGCAGUCCAGUACACGUGUCUCUGAAAUUUCGCCUGGACCACGUUUGCCUCGUGUGACGCCGUUUACCGUCGAAACAGUGACGCGGCAAGAGCAGGAUAAGCGGUUCUAUUCGUCGGCGGAGCAGAAGACACCAGAAACUGGGAAAACGGAUGGCUUACAGGGCUUCAAUCACGUGACCAAGGAAGAUAGCUUCACAUAGGCUUUGAUCGGAUUGUUAGGUUGAUAGUUGACUGUGGUUGGGGUAAGGUGAAUGAGAUCCUACUUUCAAGGCUGGGGACAACGGGAUUGUACAUUGUU